AUGGUCGACUCGAUUAAAUCAGUGGUUAUUAGUCCUGGAGGCAUUGCGACAAUUGUGGUCAUAUUGGUCUUGUUGAUUGUCUACUGGAAAUAUCGUGGCGCUAUUCGUCGACGUCUCAAACAAGUUAAGGAAGAAUCAUGGUUGUUUGGAGUUGGUGUGACCAUUGUCCGUGGGGAACCGAACCAAGCCACCAAUAUAUUUCCAAAUUUGGUACUACUUCAAAUCAACCCUUCUUUUCAAGAGGCACAUCCUGACUGGAAGCUUGUAAGUUUGGGUGAUUAUCUAUCAACUCUCCGUCCCAAACAACUUCCCAAGGGGUUCACUCCCAAACAACUACCCAAGUUGGUACAACGUGAAUUAGAAGCUGGUCUUGCUUCUGGAUUGCUCAAGGCGUUGGGUCCGAAUUUGGGUCGGGCUCUCUUGCCAGCCGUUGGUUUUGGCCCGAUUCAUGGACAGGCUCAGAAACUUGGAUCCAAAUUGGCCACGCGAUGGAUCUUGUCUAAACAAGCAGCUGCCAAUACGCUGGGAGACGACGAAGAUCGAGCAGGACUUCCCAUUUCAAUCUUGAGUGUCUUGGCACUGUCGGAAAACAAUGCCAGACUUAACAGUGGCGGUGGUACACGUACCAACAAGAACAACGAGGGUGUAGUUGAAGUCAACAACGACAAUGACGCCUCUCCACUUCCGUCGUUGGAUGACAAAUUGCCAGGUUCCAACUUGUCCGCCAUGCGGAAAAUGAAAAAUGGGGAAAAUGACAGUGGCCCAUCCUUUGAUACCGACAUUCUUCCAAACUCUGGCUUCGUUCUCGAUCAAGAUUUUCACAAGACGAUUCGGAAACUGGAAAAGACCAUAGUGGACCAAGGACAUUGUGCGGAUCAUUCCCCGAUUGAGCUCCAGGCGGCUCAAGCAGAACUCGAAGAAGACAGCAAGUACGGGGAUUCCAAAACGGCAAAGGACCGCGAUGACGAUACCAAGGGUAUGCAGCAGUAUGAUCCAAAUGAUCGUAGCAUGGGAGAACCGGUUCCCAUCAACCCACGUCUUUUCCCCGACUUGCAUUUGGGACAUGGCGACGCACUCUGUUCGCAUACCAAACGACAAGUAUUGCAGAUGCGAUUGGUGGCCGUUUUGUUGAAUCGCUUGGGUGCUAACUAUCAUCGAUUGGCCAAUCCGGAUAAUGCAGAGGCUCUUUUUACAAUGAAACUGACUAAGGAUGGACCUGUGAUUUCCAAGCCAUCUGAAUUUAUUCAAGGAUUGAUCGACAAGGGACAAGACAUUACCAUUGUACCGACAACUCGUAUCACAUCCUUUGGAUUGGGUAUGUGCCUCAAGGAAUCGGAUGGCUCGUGGUCCAAUAUCCCACUUGCAGCAUUCAUAGAGAGCGGGUACGAAGAUAAGGACGGCAACAUGGCACCAGCGAUGAUGCCACAUUCGGGCUUGCGUCUUAUCAUUGGCGAUGGGCCUCUUACUAGCAAUCAACAUCAAGAAUAUGACGAUUUUGAAGGAUCUGCCAUAUCAAAUCCUUUGAUUAUUCAGCAUUUUAUUGGUAUUGAAGGAUUCUGCGGGUGGAAGAUGGAUCAAAAUGCAGAAGUGCCCUACAAUGAAAACGUCGAGUCGGGCCGACCUUUGAAAGAUGCUUCUGAAAUCGUUCGAGCGGUGCGUCUAUCAGCUCUUUAUGCCAAUGUUUUGAAUGGCUUGGCAACCGAAUUGGAACUUCCAUUUGGUGGUUAUGGUGUCACGGCGGUGUGCAACGAUUCGGCAGCGAUCAUCCAGCAAUGUCUAUAUGGCGAAUCCUACAUUUUCCCACUAACCUCCAUUGGACGCUACAUGCAACGGACUUUGCGAUACAAUCAAAGCAUGGAUCGCAAACUACAGUCGGUCCCUUCCAUGCAAGAAGAGUUGGAUGAUCUUGAUGCUCUUGAGAAAGGAAUGAUGGAAUUGCCAUCGGACAUUAACUCGACACCGGCUAAUGCAGCAGACGCUGCUCGCCGUGUUCUUAAGACCUUGCAACCACAACUCCCACUUACGCUCUUGAAAGACUCCAAGACUAUCAUGGAAAACAUUUUGCAAGAACACGAAGACCAGAAAGAGCACAAAAAGCAAGCCAACGAGGAAAGUACUUUUACGAUAACUCGUCUGUAA